AAAAAUAAAAUCCGGGUCUAGGCAUCAAAUGAUCGAUAAUACAGAGAAACUAAUAGUGGACUAAUAGUAGUAGUGGAAUAAGCUCGAUGUAACACCAACUUUGAGCUUUUGGCUUUUAACAAAUAUUAAUUAUGGUAUAUGAGUUGUUGAGUUACGUUUGAAUAUAUAAGAAAAUCUUUGUAGGGUAACUUAUGUUAAGAUCGGUUGGUAUGUGAAAGAUUGAUAGGUUUCCACGGAUAAUAAAUAAAAAAUGCUUUUACUUCAACUUGUUAGGGUUUGUUAAUUUGUUUAUGGCAUGUCCAAGUUUACCCACCAACAAUAUUUAUAAAUUGUAAACAUAAACAAAUUUUUUAACAUUGCAAAAUCACUUUUUGUUUGAGUUUUUUUUUUCAGGUACAACUUACAACGUAAAGUACUGAGUAUAUGCUUUAAAUUAGGAAUAGUGAUAGUUGAAGAAACAAUGCAAAAGGGGUAUAAAUAACAAACAGCAAUAGUAAUUUAAAUGGUAUAUUAACUAACAAAUUGAAGCUAUUUACUUAAUACUAAAGAGGGAAGCUACUGUAAAAUGAAUAAUCCAAAAUCAUAGAAAUAACAAAAAUUGGAGUGAAGAUGUUAGCUCUUGAAGAUAUUAAUUAGAUUUAAAAAAUAAUUUAGAGAGAUAUUGGAAUCUAUGGAAGUUAAUCUUUCUAAAAUAAAUUAUGGGAGCUGAAGACGUGCGUGUGUAAAAGAAAUUAUGGCUCAAAUCGAGUAAUUGAAUAUUUGGAUGAGGGCAUCUUUUGCCUCAGAUUCUCUACCCUUUGGUUGCGUUCACACUUUCAAGAUCCCUCCCAAGUGCCCUGUUCACACUUUUAUUCACUCUGCUUCCUCUUAACUCGGCUCGAUUCAGAUUUCUAAAAUUUCUAAAAGAAAAUUAUUUACAAUUUUAUAAAUCUAAAAAUUGGACCGAAUAACAAUAGAACGGUGAUCAUUCUAGAAAUAAAAGAAACGAAUAUAAAAUAAACAUAAAAAAAUAAAAUUACAGAAAUGAAAAAAAAUGAUUGUUCCAUUUCAAAUAUAAUAAAGAAUAGUUUUGUUCUUUAUUUCUCUACAAAAACAAAUGACAGAAAAUAAAAAUAAAAAUUUAUUCCUUGUGAAUGAUGAUAUUUUUUUAGGAACGUUAAAAAAUGCAUUAUUACUCGUCGUUCCCUGAUCACCAUUCAUACCCAAAAUAUAACCAGUAUAACCAAUUUUUUUUUAAAUAUUAUUGCAUUAUAUAUAUAUAUAUUGUAUUAUCUAUAUUGCCUGGUUAAUGACGAAGAGAAAAUAACUUCUACCUUUUUCUUUUUUUGAACAACGACAAGAAAAUAGCAAGCAUAUAAACUAUAUAACACCCGUCGUUACUUAGCUGUGAAAUAUAUUGUUGUCACUAAUUUCAACUAAAUUUUUAAUCCAAUAUUAAAUGGUUUUAGUGUUGUGGUGGGGUAUCUUAUAAUUUAUCAUUUAUUUUGUUGAUGACUAAAUUAUACUUUUUACAAGUUAGUAGAUUUUUGUUUUAUUUUUUUUUGAAUGAAUAGCAUCAAAACAGUUUACAUAAAUGUGAAUUACUUAUACUGAUAUAUGUUCAUUUCCAUAUUUAUAUCAUAAAAAUAAAUUUAAUAAUUCGGGGCAAAAUUUAAAAAUUGGAUCGUCACAUUACAUGAAUAAUAUAUAUCGAGUUAUAUCCUUUGCGUGCACAAAAGCUAAUAAAUGAAAAAUUUCAUAUACAAAAUGAUUUCCAAUCAAUGAGUAAUGAAAUGGACUAUUGGAUACUGGAUAUCGCAAUUGGACUAUUGAGUCCUGUCGUAUGCAGUAGAAACUUAUAAAUUAAGAUUUAAUAAAUUAAUAAAUAUUAUAAAUUAAUAAAUUUAACCGGUCUUGAAUUGGAUCAGUGUAAAAUAACAUAAUUCGAUAAAAUAAUAAAAUAACAAAUUUUUGAAAUUUUUAUAUAAAUAUAUUGUCCCAAUACAAACAUAAACUACUAAUUAAUGUAUAGUAUAUAUCUUUUAGAUAAAAUAAUCGAUACUUUUUAUAUUUUGUUUCUUAUUCACGGUGAAAGUGACGAAGCAAUCGUUUUAUUGGAUAGAACUAGAAAUUUGUUGAUUUUAAGAAUAUUCAGAAAACUAGAAUAAUCACAAGAUUAUUCGUUUAAUCUUAGAAUCUUCGAAUAAACCAAGUUUAUUUUAAAUUUAUUUAGAUCUCUGUAGACCUAUCGAAAAUAAGAAACAAAGAUAAAACUCUCAAUUUUUAUUAAUUAAUCAAAAACUAAAUACAACUCAAGACAUUAAAGCCUAUUUAUAUGAAAACCUAAAAACCCUAAAACUAAAAACCCCUGAUACUAAUAAAAAUAAGAAAUAAAAUACAUAUAAUACAAAUAAAUAGUAAUUAUCCUAAUUCUACGCUGGAACAGAAAGUUGUUAUUAAAUUUUUUAAUAUUUCUACAUAAAUUGUUGUUAUUUUAUCAGUUUAUAUUUAAAAUGCAUUUACAAUUACUAUAUAGACCACGUAAUCGAAUAAUAAUAAUAUAAAAUUUGUAUCCAUACAAUAUAAUCAAGACAUAUAUCAUAAAAUCAAAUAUUCUUUAUACUUUUACAUAAAAAUUACUUUAAAAUAUAAAUUUAAAAAAGAAAGUUUCUAUAAAUUAAUAAAAUAUAAAAGUUCUAAAAUUAUUAAUUUAUAGAGUUUUUAUUGUAUUAUUCAUGAUGAUUUGUACAUGUUUUUAUACAAUUUUUCGUGUUUAUUUAUGUUUUCGUUAGGCGUCACGUUAUUAAUUUAUCGCGGUUUAUUAGGGUGGGUAUUUAGUGUUUUAAAGAUUAAAAAAGAAAAUUAUGCAUUAACCGAAGAAACCUUGCUUAAUUAAGACAAGUCUCUUAUGAUACGAGACACGUGUCUGUCAAAAACAGCGUCUCUUCUCUUCCCUUCUCUAGAGCCAGAGUCAUACUGGCUAUAUGAGCGUCUUCUCCAUUCAUGUUCUUCGAAAUCGCUCGUCGUGCAAGCCCGUAAAGCCGUAUCCCACCUGGUGACAUUCUCUUCUCUCCCUCUGAUCUUCCUCUUGAACAGAGCAAUGAAUGGGAGCCAAUCGAAACGGCGACGUGACGGAGGUGAAUUGCAAAUACUACGACCGCGACGUUUGUCGUCUCUACCUCUCUGGCCUCUGCCCUCGCGACCUCUUCCAAUUGACGAAAAUGGAUAUGGGACCUUGCCCAAAGGUGCACUCUUUAUAGCUCAGGAAAGAGUAUCCUUUUUUUAAAAUGUCUGGAGCUUCGCUAAGAUGCGAGCAUACCAGUUCUUCAGUGGAGCAUUAUUAUUAGGUAUCCUUUGGAUGAAGCUGCUUCUAUAGCUAUCUCCACGGUUAAGGAGUUCGGUAAAGAUUUUAAAGAGUGUUGGUGCCAAGAGGGUCAAAGGCUUGUGUGUUACCUUCAAGGAAUAUUGUGAAGCUAAUAACUACGAAGGGUGUGUGAGAUGUCUGCAGCAGGUGGAUAUCGAGUACAAGGCGUUAAAGACAAAGCUUCAAGAUAUGUUCAAUGUGAGUGAUGAUUGUGAAUAGUUCCUGUUCAGAUGUCAUUUUGACGAAACAAUGACUGAAACUUUCAUGACAUUGUGUUUGUUGCGGUUUGAGAAACAAAUCAUUCAAGCUGGUGCUAAAGUUCCUUAAGUGGACAUUAACUAAAAGGCUAGACGGAGAACCAACUAUAGAUUGCAUAUCAAGCAUGUAGUUGUAUUGUAAGUUUCCACUCUUGUCUUAUUGGCUAUUGCUCAUUUUAUCAGCAAUUGUUUUGUCUUAUGUUUUCUGAAAUUUUUUUGCUUGCUUGUCUUUGUUUUGUUUUUGUUCUUGGUUUAAUUUUUUUUUAAUAACCCCUAAAUAACAUACUCUCACUAGAGCAUAAAAUCAAGGUGUUUUUUAACUAAAGUUUUUAACUAAAGUUUUUAACUACAUUUAAUUAGUAAAAUAAUCAUUAAAAGACAGUAAAUGGGGUUGUGGGUUAAUGAUGCUGUUAUGGUUCUUGUUUCUUUCUUCUUUCAUGGGAUUUGCAUUUUCACCGGCCCACGGAGAAAUAAAGAACAGAUUUGUAAUCAACAAGUAUAUCAAGCCGAGCUGACAGAGCCGAUACUUUUAAAAGGACAAAAGCUGUUGACGGUGUCACGGUGAGUUCAACAAACACAUGUCCACGUAGUAGAAAAGUUUUAUAAAAUCUUUAUCCCACCAGCUUCGACCUACGUAUUAUAUAAAAUCAUCCAUUACCACACUUACCUCCAAAGAAAAUAAAAAGCAAGAAGAAAUAAAUGGGAAAUUGUCUAAGACACGAAAUGUACUGGGCUGGUGAAGAUUGGGAUGAUUUAAUCACAGAAGAUGAAGAACAUCAUCAUCAUCAGAGCUCUAAGACCUCCAUUGAGGCUAGUAGCACUGUAUUUGUUGCACGAGACAGUAAAUCAUCUGACUUAUCUCAUCAUGAGAUCAAGAUCAGACUGACGAAGAAGCAAUUCCAGGAUUUACUUAGUAACGUCAACGUACAUGACUUGACCACCGGUUCUGAUCUUGAUCGUAAAACUGAAGAAGGCAACCAGCACCGGUUAUGGAGACCGGUUCUAAAGAGCAUACGGGAGGUUAACUAAUACCGGUUUCUUGAUGUAUAUAAGAGUAUUUUUUUUUAGGGUUUAGGGCUUUUGAUGUAAAGUUUGAACGUUUUUGUUUUUUUUGUACAGACAAGACAACACUUGAUGGUUACUUAUGAAGUUAACCCGAGUUUUAAUACAAACUAGAGCUCGACCCGUGCGACCGGGUGU